AUGGCUACUCUUGAAGAUCACAACUACACAAAAACGCAGCUACCGGCUGGGAAGCUGGGCGAGCCUGUCGUGUACUCCAUCCCGGAGGUCCCGGUUACCGUCCAACGCAAGCCUUUCCUACAACCAGAGAACGACAAGAAGCUUGCCCAUACCGGUACUCCAAGAGCUAACCUUGCUGCAACUUAUGAAAAGCCCAAUGGCACUACGGAGAACGGUUGGGCGCAGAGACAUCGCCACCAAACUGUUCUCCAACAGCAUUGCGACUUUUUCGACGCUGACAAAGAUGGCGUAAUCUAUCCCAUUGAUACUUUCUGGGGUUUUCACAAACUUGGUUUCGGGGUUUUCCUCUCCCUUCUCUCUGUCUUCAUCAUCCACAGCAAUUUCUCGUAUCCAACCUUGUCCGGCUACCUCCCUGAUCCUUUGUUUCGUAUCUAUACCGCGAACAUCCACAAGGACAAGCAUGGCAGUGACACCAACACCUACGACACCGAGGGUCGCUUUAACCCGCAAAAGUUUGAAGACAUAUUCUCCAAGUAUGCUGGAGGCAGAGACUACAUGACCAUCUGGGACGUUCUUGCAAUGUUGAAGGGUCAAAGACUUGUUGCCGAUCCAAUUGGCUGGGGUGGCGCUUUCUUCGAAUGGUUGGCUACGUAUAUCAUGCUGUGGCCCGCCGAUGGUCGCAUGACGAAGGAAGACAUCCGUGGUAUUUAUGACGGCAGCAUCUUCUACACCAUUGCUGCUCGCAGGUCUCAGAAAUGA